ACGCGCGCAAUAAAUUUGCAGGCCGGUUUGAUAUCCACAGAGCAAAUAUGGGUGAUACCACAGGAAAUGACACUGCUUCUCAAAACACUGAAUUACCCGAAACGCCUCAAGAAAAUGGAAUGGAAACCGAUCAAGAUCUUGCAGAGGCCAAGAAGAAUGAAGGAAAUGCCUGGUAUAAAAAGAAGGAAUACCAUCAAGCUAUCAAACAUUACUCCGAAGCAAUCAAAAUAUUUCCAACCUGUGCAAGCUAUUACACCAAUAGGGCAGCUGCCUACAUGAUGCUGGACAAAUAUGCAGAAGCACUACAUGAUGCUCAACAUGCCAUAUCACUAGAUGAUCAGCUAGUUAAGGGACAUCUAAGAGAAGCAAAAUGCCAGCUUGCUCUAGGAUCAGUGGAUGCAGCCAUUAGAGCUCUUCAGAGAGUCACUGACUUGGAGCCUACUAACAAACAAGCUCUUUCAGAGAUGAGAGCUGCAAAGACUGUGCAGAGUCAUGAUGCAGCUGGUUUUAAAGCAUAUGACAAAGGAGACUUUAGAAAGGUUGUUUUUGACAUGGACAGAGCCAUAGACCACUCACCUGCAUGUGCAAAAUUUAAGAUAAGAAGAGCAGAGGCACUUCUCAAACUACGGAGAUUCUCUGAAGGCCAGGAGGCUGUCAAUGGUGUACUAUAUCAGAACCCCAGGGACGCUGAUGCACUUUAUGUUCGUGGCUUAGGACUUUAUUAUCAGGACAACAUUGAGAAGGCUCAGCAACAUUUCCAACAGGUUCUGAAAUACUCACCGGAUCAUAGCAAAGCCAGAUUAGCAUUCAAGAAAUGUAGGGAGAUGAGGACAAAGAAAGAUGAAGGCAAUGCGUUAUUUAAGUCGGGCAAGUUCCAAGAGGCCUAUGAUGUAUACACCCAAACGCUGGCUAUUGAUCCUCAUAAUGUCUUCACCAAUGCAAAGCUUUAUUGCAACAGGGCUGUAGUAGGAGCCAAGCUUGGCAGGAUAGAUGAAGCAAUAGAAGACUGCAAUAAAGCUAUUGAACUCGAUGAAAAGUACUUGAAGGCUUUCAUGAGGAGAGCAAAAUGUUACAUGGACAUGGAAAAGUAUGACGAAGCUGUGAGAGACUAUGAAAAGAUAUUCAAUAUGGACCGAACGAAAGAAAAUAAGCGGUUACUUCAAGAUGCUAAAAUGGAGCUGAAAAAGAGCAAGAGGAAAGACUAUUACAAAACGCUGGGACUACAGAAGAACUGCGGAGGGGAAGAUGAAAUCAAGAAGGCCUACAAGAAACAUGCACUUCUUCAUCACCCGGAUCGUCAUUCUAACAAGACUCCUGAAGAACGCAAGCAAGAGGAACUCAAGUUCAAGGAGGUUAGCGAGGCAUACAGUGUUCUAUCUGACCCAAAGAAGAAGAUGAGAUAUGAUAGUGGUCAGGAUCUAGAAGACAUGGAUGGAUUCUCAGGAGCUGGCUUUGAUCCCAACCAGAUCUUCCAGACAUUCUUUGGAGCUCCAGGAGGCUUCUCCUUUGGUGGUGGUGGUAUGGGAGGUGGAGGAGGGAUGGGCGGGGGAUUCCCCGGUGGAUUUCACUUCCAGUACUGAGCAAGGUUCACCCUGCUGAUUCACAAACAACUUGGUAUUGUGUCAUUAGUUGUACCAGAAGAAAGAGAACAAAACAAUGGAACUUCAGCACAUGAUGGACAUAGUGGAUAAACUGAAUUGGCAGUAAUGAUGAGAACAGCUGCCGGUACUUGAACUAGAUGACAAACUGAUAGCUGUCACCUGACCUUCUAGACCUUUGUAGCACUUAAUUUUAUGAAGUCUGUCCUUUUAAACCUAUGUCUGAAGUACUGUGAACCGAAUUUGAAAAUUGUUAAUGGUAGCCAUUCAACCCAUAGCAGUUCAGAGUGUGUGUUAUACAUGUAUUUAUUGAAUUAUUCAGUUCCCCUUCCUCAAAUUGGCAACAUAACAAUUAAUCAUAUAUCCACUCCUUGAUAGUUCAUUGAAAAAAAGUAAUAAAUUAAAUAAUUCAAUGUGAAAGAAAAUUUCUAAAUUUACCUGAAAUAUUGCCAGUUUGUACGUGAAGAUAGUGAUUAUAAAUUUUACACCCGUUGCCAAUUUAGAGACUUUUAUUAGUACGGUAGUCACAAUUAAGCUGCUCUUAUUCAUAAACAGCACAAAGUACUACAACAAAUUGAUGUGCUUUGUGCUCUUUGUACUCAUGGAUAUAAAUGUGUAAUUCCUGGUAUUCUUGAUCAAAAGAUAAUGAAAAAACAUCGGUAACGGGAGACACUGAACUGCUAUGGUUUAUGUGGGAAGAUCCAUUUGUGAUUUGCAAAUAGUAAGUGUUGUUCUUGAAUCAUUUUUUUAUUAUACAAAUUGUGCAAAAAUUAGGAAGUUUCAUGUUGGUGAAAUGAAAUCAAGACACAAAUGACACAAUCAACAAGACAAUACUUGAAAAAUUACUGUGAAAAUCAACUAUUUAGUUUUAAAAGGUCAGUUCAGACCAGAAGCUGAUGAUUGAAAGAUGUGCCAUGUCAAAUCAUAAAUAAAAAUGUGAAGUACGUUAGCUAACACAUGUAGCACAAGGAACCAACGAACGGGUAGCGCACGUAGUAUCACAAGCUAAAGCUCCAGUUCGCUAGCUCAUGAUCCAGCAUGCACAUCAUAUUUACAAAAUUUCAACAACACAGCAAAGUUCCGAAAAAUUGCACAUCACUACAGUAGCUGGAACAAGAUAAUGACCUUUGACCAAAUUCCCCAGUGCUUUUCUUCAGAACCUAUUCAUAUACAGCAUUUUAUCAAAGUCGCACCGAUAGAAAGAGCAUUUCAUCGCCUAUUUCUCUUCUUUCUAUUGGCUAUUUCUCGUCUACCCCAAUUAAAGUGGCCGUUUCAUCAGAUGCCACCAGACAAUAGUUUAAUUCAAUACAAGAACUUAGCAUUAUGUUUUACUUGAAUUUGCUAAUGUAAAAUGGUCUGCAGACCAUGUUAAGCCCAAGUAACACUAGAGCUACGACCAGUCACCAACUCCCGACGACCACUGGUCAAAAGUUAGUUGUCAGAAGUCGUAGAGAGGUUUUUGGUGGUCUUUUAAAAGUUAUCAGUGGAUGGUUUCUGGAGCAUUUUGGUUGGCAGGAGAUUUAUGCUGCUGCAUCCAAACCCUUUUGCCGACCAUACUGAUCGUGCAAAGAUUUUUUUGGGGGUUUUGAAGGUCUUCCAAGGGUAUGAUUUUUCACUGAUCGCUGUCUGAUCCUCAGUGCUUUCCGUUUAUAUUACCAGGUGAUAUGUGGUUGAGAAAUGGACGGCAGCUGAUCAACAAAUGUUAUACCAUCUGUCACCGAUUAAUCUCCGAACAUUCGCCGAACACCAACACCCAGCAAGGAAUCUAACUUGAGAAACUUUGAAAAUGUAAAUGUUGCUUCUGAGGCUGGUUCAAAUUUUUUUUUUUAUACUUCAUAAAAAAAAAAAAAAGAGCGAAGAAAGUUAUGAAAAUUGAUUACUCAUGCUGUAUCUUGUAUCAUGUUAUUUUGUGAUUCUCUAUUCAUAACAUUAACUGUUUAUACUGCUGCAGGAGCCUGGUAAAAAGACAAAUGUCACAAAUUAGCUUACAAAGAUCUUUGAUUAUCAAACAAUGUUUGUAAGAAAUUCUGCAACUUAUCGUCCACUACAAAUUCUUGCAAAAUGGUUGUCAAUGGUCGCCGCUGUUUUCGGUUGUCGGCAACUGGUCGUAUGCCUAGUGUGACUUGGGCUUUAGAUAAAAUAACACAAGGGUUAUAUCUAUAUCUAUAAUUUGCGGGAUAUUAUAACACUUUUGAGGAAAAA